AUCUACUUUGGAGCCUGGUUCUCUUACUUAAGUACUUUGAGAGUAGGGAUGCCUAGUCUUAGAGCUAAGAGCGACACAGUAUUGGACACCGCUCCAGAGUUUAAAAGACAACGGGUAAUCGGAAUGCGGCGCGGCCGCUGGCGAGCUUAUUUUGCCAAAUCGGGAAGCCGGCGUCCUCGGGAGUAGCGGGAACGCUCGUUUCGCAUCAGGUCGGGCGGCGUGCGGCGUGCGUCACGCACGUUCGGAACAAGCGACACCGCAGCGGCACAUGCUGCACAUGGUUGCGGAAGCGAUGCUAGGAGCCGACAGAGUCGCCAAGAUCACCAGAAACGGUCCGGGCACGGCGAACUCCUGCCGCGUCGCGGCGCGCGGCGCUCCGACCCAAGUCAUCUCUGGCGGUCGCUCACAGUGGAGAAAUCGUUCACACGGCGCGUAUAGAUGUGCUCGUAAAGCCGCAGGUGGUGGCGUUGCAUACACGCGGACUCAUUUUUCACUCUUACCUACUAGCGGAACUAGCAGAGCUCGGUGCGCGACGCGAGCGGCGCCUCUGCGGAAAUCGCGGCGGCUAGCCGAGUUUGCGACCAAACGGUCGGGCCUCAAC